AUGAAAGAAGCGGUUGUCUCAGUGGGCCCGAAGGUCACCAUCAAGGACUCGCCAAUUCCCAAGGCGGGUCCACGCCAGGUCGUUACCAAGAUCGAAUACAGUGGCAGCAAUCCCAAGGACUGGAAAGUCGCAGAAUGGAUGCCAGAUACCCCACCGACGAACCAGGGCGAUGAUAUCAGCGGUGUUGUCCACGAAGUAGGAGAAGGAGUCACAGAAUUCAGGAAGGGAGACCGAGUGGCAGCGUUCCAUGAGAUGCUCAAGCCUGGUGGGAGUUAUGCGGAAUAUGGCUUGUCAUGGGAGCACACAACGUUCUUCUUGCCGAAGGACAUCAGUUUUGAGGCUGGUGCCGCUAUCCCUCUGGCUGCUCUGACUGCCGCCGUGGGCCUGUUUGGGGAUGAUACCCUCAACUUGCCGCAACCCUGGUCUCCAGCAGCCCAUCCAAUCCCUCUCGUAGUCUACGGUGCCUCCUCAGCCGUAGGCUCCUACGUCCUUCAACUCGCAACCCGAGCAAACAUCUACCCACUCAUCUGCGUCGCCGGCCGCGCCCAAAAGCACGUCGAAACAUUCAUCGAUCGCUCUAAGGGCGACACCAUCGUCGACUACCGCGCCGGCAACGAGGCCGUCUCGCAAGGCAUCCGCGAUGCGCUCAAAGGACAAAAGCUGGAAUAUGCAUACGACGCUGUGUCGGAGAAGGGAUCGUACGAGAAUAUCUGCAAGGUGCUGGAGCCAAAGGGCAAGAUCACGCUCGUCCUGCCAGGCAAAGAGUAUCCGGGGAUUCCAGAGAGCGUGCAGAAGAGCAUCACGCGAGUUGGCGAUGUGCAUGGCAGUAAGAAAGAUUUGGGAUUCGUGUACUCUCGGUACAUCACCAGGGGCUUGGAAGAGGGUUGGUUCAAGCCUCAGCCGCAGGAGAUUGUUCCGGGAGGACUGGGUGGGAUUGAGAGUGCUUUGGGGAAGUUGAAGGAUGGGACGGCUAGUGCGGUGAAGUACGUGUUUAAGGUUGCGGAUACUGAGGGCCUCUGA